GGCUGCCCGAGUCGUCAAGCAUGCUAAAAAAAAACGCACGGUCCGCUCGCCGUUCAAACGUUCAAACUUUCACGCGGACUCGCCGCGCGCGUCGCGCACGACCUCAUCAGUGCGUCUAGCAGACUCUAGCUUAGCGACAUCAUGACCCUCUGCCGACCGUGUCCUGCCCUCGAACAGCCCGGACAAUUGGGACUUGGCCGAGACUUUCUCGUAUGCCGUCGCCUUCGGUAUCCACCUCACUGUCCACGACUGCCCUCGUCGCUCUUUAUCUGCAUCAAGACGAAUCUUUUACAACAGAUUCUGCGUAACGUUGGAGAAAGGGCCCACGCAGGCGACGAACAACAAUGGCCAUGUCCUUCGCUCAAUUGUCUACUUCCACGUCACCGUCAUCUCGCAGGCUCUCAACUUCGUGGCGCGCUGGCAUGGGUUCAUCCGCGCCCUGUUCACGGCGUGCUGCGUCGUACAGCUCGUGUCGACGAUCAUCGCUGUGUACGCCAAUCUGAGGUUCGCUACCACCCGCGGAAUCCCACUUGGGUGGGUGUUGCCUGGGUCUGGGGCAUCAUCCUGUUCGUCCGCCUCGACUGGAUCAGGUUCACGAUGAAGCCACCAUCCUCCAGGGGCUUCCCGGGCCCCGCAGCGCUGCAAUAGCGCAGGCUUCCCUCGGCCAGUCCCCGGGUGCCCCGCAACCCGCACCUAGUCCCGCGCGGUGCGUGGGCAGAGCCACGCUGCGCCCACACUCACGAGGUUGCCGGGGGCCGCUGCGCGCGCAUGAAGGAUGCCUUCUGGAGGCCGCGUUCAGGUGGCAGCGGCGCGCGCCCCGAGUUCAACCGCCGCGGCCGCGCGCUUGCGGAUCUUGAGGUACUGGCCAAUGCUCAGCCGCAGCUCUUCUGGCGGCGAUCCUGCAUCGAUGUUCGCGUUGGGGUAAGGCCCGGGUGGUCGCAUCUGCAGGGUCGCCAAAGGAGGAUUCGGUUGCAGUCUCUGGUCCCCUCUCCGCAGCCGCCGGCGGAGCGAGUUCGGGCGCGCGCCUUCAGUUCGCGCCGGCUGCAGCCUGGCCGCGCCCGCCCGAGCGCCAAUCGACCAGCUUGUGCCCGCCCGCUGGCCAUUGCCGCAGAGCACCCAGGUUGGUGGCCGCC